GGCGGAGGGAGGAGGUGGGGGACAAUGGCUCAUGAGGGAAAGGGAGGUUUGUGUUUCCUAUGCUGAGGCUGCUGGUUUCAGAGGCAGGUGGACAGGUGAUGAGAUGAUCUGGCCCUUUCACUGCUGAUUCAGUCCGUUACAGCGUCCACAAAAAUGAGUACCGGGGGAAACUCCUGAACCAACGCUGGACGCGAGGAGACAAGAUCAGCCGCUGUCGGCCCUCUCUCAGACUGCAGAGUCGACCAAUCAAAAUGAGUUUGGAUACUGAUGACAAGCGCACACGCACGCGGUCCAAAGGAGGAAGAGUUCCCUCUGAGAUUGUUGGACAGGAGCUGAGCUGCCCUACACCAGGAUGCAAUGGCUCAGGCCAUAUCAGUGGCAAAUAUGCCCGACACAGAAGUUCUCAGAGUUGCCCAUUGGCCAGAAAAAGGUGGCUACAGGAAGCAGAGUCAGACCAGCCCGCCUCCAAGAGGAAGUCCAACCCACUGAAUCUGGCGAUGGACGAAGGCUUCACUGCAGAGAAUGAGGGCAGUGGAGAGGAGACAGAGAUGAGGGAGGAAGAUGAGGAGGAUGAAGGAGCACAGCAGCAAGGUGGUGAGCAAGAGCAUGAAGUAGAAGAGGAGAAAGCAAAACAGAACACAGAGAGUACUAAUACAGAGGAAGAUGAUAGUAAUGAAGAGGAGUGUAUCAUUAUUGAGGACUCUAGCUCAGAGAAGCCUAAAAUCUCAGUCUCUGAAGAUCUCUCCAACUAUCAGCACAUAGUACUCAACUCAAUGCCACACCUCAACAACAACAACAGCUGUGGUAUAUCACCUCAACAGCAACAAAAGCCUGUCACCUUGGAAACAGAAAGCAGUAGCCCUUUUACAGAACCAGAAGAGGAAGAAGAGAAAGAAGAAAAUGGAAGAGAGGAAAUUAAGUACCAAGUAGACAUUUUGGCAUCUAAGGAGAACGGAGUGAUGAGGAAUUCAGCUGAGAUGGAAGAUGAGGAAGAGGAUAUUCACUUUGAGAACCCAAAAGAGACAGACCACCAGUAUUUUACUGAAGAAAUGCACGCACAACAAGCCGAGGAUGACGAUGACGAUGAAGGACUGGGGUCUGAGACGCAAAAGGAAGAGAUACUCAAGGAGGAAUACGAUGACGAUAAGUCUGAAGAGGAAGGGGAAAGAGAAUAUGCCCCUUCAUUUAUCACUGCCACUCAGGGAACCCUUGUAAGGGAAGACUAUGUUUCCCACAAACCCACAUUGCCAGAAAACUACAGCUCCAGUAAUCCCACCAUGACUUCUCCUAUGGUCUUCGAAGUGCAGUCGGAGGAGUCGGAGAGAGAUGGUGACGUGGAUGGAAUUGAUGACAACGGGGACGAAGACAGUUUGUCUCAGCGAUCGACAGUGGCGGAUGAGUCGGAGAUGUAUGAUGUAAUGCGGGGGAACCUGGGGUUGCUAGAGCAGGCCAUUGCCUUGAAAGCCCAACAGGUCAAAGCUCACCGUGAGUUCGCUCGUAUUCCUGAGCACCACCGUUUCUUUUCACUGGAUGACCGGCCCAACAAACACUUGGAACAUCUCCGUAAAAGCUGCUUCGGAAAAGUUGGCAUCAUGCCCAGUCCGUGUACUGCUGGAUUCAGCCAAGCGCACGAGAGUUCUAGAUCAGAGAAGAGAGAGAUCAAAUGCCCAACCCCCGGGUGUGAUGGAACAGGUCACGUGACUGGACUCUAUCCCCACCAUCGCAGUCUGUCAGGCUGCCCACACAAAGAUCGGAUCCCUCCAGAGAUCUUGGCCAUGCAUGAGAACGUCCUAAAGUGUCCAACGCCAGGAUGCACUGGUCAGGGUCACGUCAACAGCAACCGCAACACACACCGCAGUUUGUCAGGAUGUCCCAUCGCUGCUGCCGAAAAGCUCUCCAAAAGUCUCGACAAGCAACACCUGUCUCAGGCCAUGGGUGAACAUCUCAAAGGCAGCCCUAACUCUGACCGUGUACUCAGGCCCAUGUGUUUUGUGAAGCAGUUGGAGAUUCCUCCGCCCGGCAGCUACAGGCCCAGCCUCGUCCCAGCCACGCCACGCGCUAAUCUGGCCAAGGAACUGGAGAAGUACUCCAAGGUGUCCUUUGAUUAUGCAAGCUUUGAUGUGCAGGUGUUCGGCAAGCACAUGCUCGCCCCAAAAAUGCACACCAGCGAAACUUCACCCAAAGCCUUCAAAUCCAAACCUCCACUCCCCAGAGCCUCCCCGCCAAGUCCCAGCAUGCAUGCUGGUUAUGGAAAGAGCUCCUCCUGCAGUUACGAUUACUCCCACGACGCUGAAGCCGCCCACAUGGCUGCCACUGCGAUCCUCAAUCUGUCCACACGCUGCUGGGAGAGACCAGAAAACCUCAGCAUCAGACACCAAGAAAAGAGUAUGGAAAUAGAAGUAGAUGAGAAUGGCACCUUGGACUUGAGCAUGAAGAAGCCAGUAAAGAAAGAAUUGGGCGUGUCUUGCACCAGUUCUGAAGUGCGCUCCCCUGAUCUGUCUUCAUCAUCUUCAUCUUCGUCGUCAUCUCUUCACCAUGGCAACAACAGCAUCUCUCCCCACUCUUUACACACCUACAAACAAGAGGAGUGGGAGGGCCCUCUGGACUACACCAAACCCAAUCGGCAGAGAGAGGAGGAGCUAGAAGAGAUGGACCACAGCGCUCAGUCAUUUGCCUCGUCUGACCCCGAGGACUGCGACAUUAUGCAGGACACCCUUGAAGACAGGAAUUACCCUGGAGAGGUCACAACCCCGAGCUUCAAGGUCAGGUUCCAGCCCAAGGACACCAAGAAAGAGCUCCUGCUGUGUCCCACUCCUGGGUGUGACGGCAGUGGACACAUCACUGGAAACUAUGCAUCCCAUCGCAGCUUGUCUGGGUGUCCUCUCGCUGAUAAGAGUCUUCGGUCCCUCAUGGCAGCACACACAACUGAACUCAAAUGUCCAACCCUAGGAUGUGAUGGUUCAGGGCAUAUCACAGGCAACUACGCUUCUCACAGAAGUUUGUCUGGGUGUCCACGGGCCAAGAAAGGUGGAAUAAAAACAACUCCCAUCAAGGACGACAAGGAGGACUCCGAGCUCUUAAAAUGCCCAGUGCCAGGUUGUGACAGCCUGGGUCAUAUCAGUGGAAAGUAUGCCACUCACCGCAGUGCGUAUGGAUGCCCGCUGGCGGCCAGGCAGCAGAAGGAGGGUUUGCUGAAUGGGUCACCAUUUUCCUGGAAGGCGUUUAAGACAGAGGGUCCCACCUGCCCCACACCUGGGUGCGAUGGAUCGGGACACGCCAAUGGCAGCUUCCUCACCCACCGCAGUCUCUCAGGCUGCCCCAGAGCCUCCCUCAAUAAGAAGAAAGCCAAGUUUCCUGGUGAAGAAUAUCUCAGCACUAAGUUCAAAGCCAGUGAUGUGUUAGACAAUGAUGAAGACAUCAAGCAAUUAAAUAAAGAAAUCAAUGAGCUCAAUGAAUCCAACAACGAAAUGGAGGCAGAUAUGGUCAACCUUCAAACACAGAUCACAUCCAUGGAGAAAAACCUGAAUAACAUCGAGCAGGAGAACAAGAUGAUUGAAGAACAGAAUGAGGCUCUGUUUAUGGAGCUGUCUGGACUCAGUCAAGCUCUUAUACGCAGCCUCGCCAACAUCCGUCUGCCUCACAUGCAAGAGCCAAUCACAGAGCAGAAUUUUGAGAGCUAUGUCAGCACCCUGACUGACAUGUACACCAAUAAAGACUGCUACCAGAACCCAGAGAACAAGGCCCUUCUGGAGACCAUCAACAAGGCAGUGAAAGGCAUCAAGGUCUGACUCAGCCUAGAGGUGUGGAAGAGAAACAGAGGUGUGGAGCCAUGGGAAGAGCAUAAAAAUUACACAAAAAAGGGCAUUCAGGUUUUUUUGAACAACAAUUUAAGCCUUCAUCCCAGGGAGAAUUCUGUGAUAAGUUAUAUAUAUAUUACUAUAAGGACCAAAAUCCACAAAAGCUGCUGGAUUGGAAGGAGGAAGAUAGCAGAUGGAAAUCCUUCAAUUUAUUUAUGAUGAGAGACAUAAACCUUAUUUUAUUUAGAAUUGUUGUCGUUUUAAUGUUCAUUCAGUGAGAAGUUUGCAUGGAAGAUGUUCUGAAAGAAGAAGAAGCUGGGAGUGAAGAAAAGAUCUCCAGAACUUCAUCCAGAAGGUGAGGCCAAGGCUUUGGGUGAAUUUGUGAGGACAUUGCUUCUUCAAACAACAAAUGCAAAGUUUCAAAUAAUAAGUGGUUUCUGGUUAAUGCAAGGCAUCUGCAAAUCUAAUGGAAAGCCCAAGAAGAAAACAGAUAUACAGUAUUUCCUCGUCCUUCCUUCUUUUCCCAGAAGAAGACCAGAGCUUUGGGAGGAAAAUCUGUGGGAAUUGAGAGGAUGUCCUACAAACAAAUGCAUUCUCUCUCCUAUUGGAAAGUGAAUGAAAUGUCUGUUGUACAAAGUGUUCAACCUUAUCCCAGCACUAAAAUAUCAUGCUGUUGAAGCACUGCUUUCUUGAUCUCACUGCACAUGCCUCAAAAAAGCAGCCCUUUAGAUAUUACAUCGGUUUGUUAUUUUAUUUUAAAGCUAUAUACAAGAGCAUUUUGUUUGUAGUACUUACACUGUAGGACUAUUUACCCAAUGUAAUCAUAUCUAAUGAGUUGCACUUCAUUUCAGUCAAUUCAACAUAAGAUGGAUGUUGGAUUGUUACUGAUAUAUAAAUUGUACUAAAUUUGUCCAGACUCUAACUGUAAUUUAUUUAUAUUUUUUUAUAAUUUAAUUUUAACUGUAUUAUUUAUUAGAAUUUACUUAUUUAAAUAUUAACACUGGAAAAAAAUGCAGCCCUUCUGUUUAUUAAAGUUCAUGAAAAUGUGACAAGGAACAUGCCACAUCGAUAUUUGGAAAGAAAGAAAAAUCGACCACAAAUUUUUAUAACUUCUUUUCAUUUGACAUAGAGUUUUUAAACAUUUUUUAGGUGCAAAUAUUUUUAACAAAUGUUUUGAUAUGGUUUUUGUAAAUUCUCUCUCUAUCUCUCUCUAUCUAUCGAUCUACCUGUAUAUCUAUCUCUUUCGAUCAGUAUCUGUUCGCAUUUUAUUUUUAUGAAUUUUCAAACUUCAGCUGAAGGAGAAGUUUCAUCUCUAUUUAUUAUUUAUUUAAUAUUUAUGAAAUUAUGAACUGUGAUAUGGUUGUAAUGCAUAUUUAUUUUGUAACUUCUCUGUGUGUUUGUGAAAACUUAGUAGUCUUGAAGAAACUUUGGCCAUAAAAAAAAUAAAGACAUGAAAAAAAACAUGUUUGGACAGGAGAGUAAAAUAUGAUUAUCGAGGGUUUUCCUUAUACCAGCAUUACUUCCUUGAGGAAUGUAAAGAGAAAAAAGCAACUCCAGUACUGUGGAACGAAGAGCUUUGACUCUUUCCCCGUCAGUCUCAACAGGAAGAGGAAGCAGAGUCUGGAACUGGAUCUUUUCGUACUGACUGUUUUUUCCAAGUUCUCUGUUGUGGCCAAAACACUGUCUCCCCUGAAUUGCAAAUGGAUAAUUUUUUCUCUCUUAACUUAUUAUCUUAAGAGACCUACUGGACAAUGGGAAAUGGGUGGGCAUUUUUGCGAUGGGAGGGGUUACGGGAGACGAAUACCAACCAUCCUGAAGGAAACUCUUGAACCACAAUGUCCUUACUCAACUAGUAUCAGACGAGCAUACACCCAUGUAGCCUUAUACUAGAUUUUUAUUUCUUCAAUGCACAAAGUGCCACUGACCUGUGCUUUCGUUACCGACUCCGCCCAUUCAGCAACCACACUACCCUCGGGUCAUGUGACCGUGGCAUAUGUGGGGAUUGUUACCGAUGCCUUUAUUCCUUUGCCGUGAUGGCCAGACCUACACAAUAUAUUCAUUCUGUAUUUAAAAGAGAAAAAAUAUGAAGAAGACAACUAUAUAUAGUAUAUAAACAUACAUAUAUUUUUACAGUGUAAUUGUUAACACUUUUUCUCUUAUAAUAGCUAAACAGAAACAAUGUCUUUCCAAAAGCUGUGAGUACUACUAUCGAUAGAAGACUAAAUAAUAUAUAUAUAAAAAAAUAAAAAAAGACCCAGUUAACUGUGGUUGCAGAAUACCAUGUGUUUUAUAGUAUGUAAACGUACAUUUCUAAAGGAUACAAUGAUGUUUGUAAAGUUUCCUAUUUUCCAAACUCACUGGGCCUCUGUAUGUAUGUCAGCCACAUUGAUACAAGGUUCAAAGAUUAGUUGUAGUGUUAAAUUACUGUACCUGUUUAAAUGCAUUGUAGCGUGCUGAAAGUUCUCCUCAGUGGAUCCGUCUUUAGUAUUGUAUGGUGUUGUGCAUUUCUGGUGGGACAAGACACACUAGAUACAUGUAAAAUACCAAUCAUCACAAUGACAUAUGUAUGAAUCAUAAUAGCGGUUUGUGAAAUGAACAUUGUGCCUCUGUUCAACUGGUAAUUUUGUUAAAAUGGUACACAGCAGCCAUGUUGUUAAUUUGCUAUUAUAGCAGCAAUAUUGUGAUGGACAAAACAUGUGUGCACUUUUCAGAAUCUUGAAUGCCAUCUAAUGACCUUUCAGCCAAAAGAGGUUUCUUUUGUGCGUGUGCAUGCGUGUGUGUGUGUGUGUGUGUGUGUGUGUGUGUGUGUGUGUGUGUGUGUGUGUGUGUGUGUGUCUGUUGGCUAACAAACAACCAUUCUUUGCACCAAAAGAAUUAGGACAAACAUUUACAAAUGUCUUUUACAUGUUUGUUGUCGUCUAGUGUGAAUCUGUAUUUUGUCUGAAAUGUCAAAUGCCGUUUGAUGCGAAGUUUGCAGGGGUUGAUUCAAUGGCCAUUUCCAUGUUCAAUUUAACAUCAAAAGCCACCUUAUUGACACCUUAUCUGACAUGUUUUUGCCUUGUCACCAAAACAAAGCCCUUAUCUGUCAGAAUCAGCUAUACAAUAGGAACUACCACUACCAAGCUCUGGGCAACAGCAAAGUUUGGAUCAAGCCCAGAGUUUAAACAGAAAAUGAUGUUAACUGUGGACGAAAUGUGGUGUUUGCUCAGAAAUUGCCAUUGGUUUGCCCUCACACACACUUAAAGAGGAUGAAGGAGACGCUAGUUGCAUAAAUCUUUGUCUAUUUUCAUAGAAUGUCAAAACCUCUCCUGGCCUCAUUCGCCUCGUUCUGUGUAACCUUUCCACAGGAAAGAUGUGUGAGUUGCAUUUCAAUACAACCUUGUCUAUCCUAUCUGCAAAAGCAGAAUUUUCAACUUACUGCUACAGAGUUCUUCCUUCUAAUAGAAUUGAGGGGAUACUCAUUACUAAUGUCACAUUGUCUUACUACCAUCGUAGAGGGAUUAUAAUGGAAUAUAAACAUUCAUGUCUGCUUACUAGUAGUGACAUUAUAUAUAAAAAGCAUGUGUGAAUUAUUUUAACUUGGUGCAUGCUCCUUAAAAUUUGUCAGUGAUGAUAAGCAGGUAUGAAUGCUGUUAAGUGAGUUUGCCGAAUUUGCCUAGUUAAGUAGCAUGUUCUCUUUGUAGCAUCUGCAAAUGUAAGUUAACAGUACAUCUAUCCCCUGCCCAUCAAACCAAAUAAGUUUACCACAAUAUGUUUGUGGGGUUUGAAAGGGUUUGUACUUUUUAGAUUAAAAGUAAUGGAUUGAUUUAGCACCUUCGUAAGUGUUGUACUUCAGAGAAUGGCCUUUCCGAGACUAAUCGUGGUUUGAUAGGCUUUGGUGCCAAUUGUAGGUCAAAUAAAAUGGAUUCUGUUGUCAUCUAGCAUAUUAUGAGGCAAGACAUUUGGCUUUAAUUACCGCUAAAUAGUAAGUUGGAAGGCUUGUUAGUAUGGAACUGUUUGUCCCAUUAAGCUGAUAUAACCAAAACAGCCCUCAUUCUGUAGGUACUGUAGCUUACAGCUCUGUGGUUUUCUCAUGUGUGCCUUUUCUCGCUUCUGUUCGCUGCAGGAAAGGGUGUGUUUACAUUUAAAGACUGGGUUCAAAUCCCACUCAGGACGCCAACUUAUUUUUCUUUUCUUAUGUUUCUUUCCUUCCUUUUAUGGGGGGGGGGGGGGUAUAAAUCCAGCAAAGCAGUGAACACCAAGAGCAGUUAAUAUUGAAAUUGAUAUUCAGCUUCUUUUUUUCAAUAAUAAAUAGGUACAUCACAAACUAUUCUUCCCAAACACUUCAGAAACUGUGAUUCUGAUUCAGCUAUGAUACAAAAUGUUGGGUCAAUUUAUUGAGUCUGAAAUAAUCAUUGAAGUUUUCACAGACGAAGCAUUUAUGCACAGGGCAUUAUUCUGACAACGAUGGGAUUCUGUACAUUUGUAAUAAAGGACAGUGUUGUUGUAUUAAACAAUAUUUCCAAGUAAAUGACAAAAAAAAAAAAAAGAAAAAAAAAAAAGAAUUUUUACCCACGGCCAAGGCUUGUCCUCUUGCGUCCUUUUUACAGAGAUCAGCUAUUUUUACUGGUGAUUUUGUAGCCACAAAUUAUUCUCCUUUAGAAAAUGACAAAAAACAAUGGUACUUCCAAAAAAUGCUAAGCACUUCCUUAGUGAUAGACUACAUGUUUUUGUCACUUUUAUAGCAGUGGUACUUUCCUUACUAGGGUUUUUUGUUUCUCUUGUAGAGCAGGACAAGCUAUGGCUGUGCGUGAUUCGAGGUUACUUUGGAAAUGAAGUGUGUAGUUGGUUUUGGAUUGUGUUAGUGUAUCCUUGUACCUGUGCUCAUUGAUAUCAGUGUUAAAAGAAAACAAUAAUGUCUGUUUUGUGGAGGUAUCGUUCAUUUCAGUGUUAUAUAUGGACAACAUAAAUAAAGAGUAAGUAAUGGUGA